UUUAGCCGCACCCCUCCCCCCAUUCAGCCAGUCUGGUGGCUGUUCCUGUGUGUUUACUACACGGACCACGCAGCAGCAGACACUUGGUUUCACAUGCACCCAACUCACAACAGCUAGCUAAGCUAAAACACUUUCUAGUUCCAUCUGAAAGAGAAUCUCCAACAAUCCAACAUGCCCAAGAGAAAGGGAGCUGCUGGAGACGCCAAGGAGGAGCCCCAGAGGAGAUCCGCUCGGUUAUCGGCGAAACCAGCCCCAGCCAAGGCUGAACCCAAGGCCAAGAAGGAGAAACCAGCGAAGAAAGAGAAGGCUGUGAACGACAAGAAGGAGGAGAAGAAAACUAAGAAGGCAGCGGCGAAGGAGAACGCGGAGGCUGAAGCUGCUGAGGAGAACCACUCUGAGAACGGAGACGCCAAGACCAACCAGAUGGAGGAUGCUCCCGAGGCGGAGAAGGAGGAAGCCAAGUCUGAGUAGCAACACUGCCGACCCCGACCCCUGACCUCCGACCCCAAACCCCCAGCCUGCCCCAGUGUCCGUGGUCCCCCUCCAAGGCGUAUUGUUAACAGAGGAAUAUUUUUAUCAGUGAUUUUAUAAGUAUACUAUCUACUGUCCGUACAGAUUUUUAGCACAAAGCAAAGCUGAGUAAUAUGAUGCAGAUCUGCAGCGGUCAUAUCAACAAAGUGUCUGCAGGCAAGAUGAACACACUAAAAUCUUUUUUAAUUAAACAGCAUUUCAUGAUUGUGUAGGAAGGAAAGCGCGUCCCAUAGUGAGUGGUGUGUUCCUGUUUCCCCCCCUUCUCCACAGUUAGUUCCACCUGGUUAAUGAACUGUUUUAAUCCCGUCUGUUCUGUGCAGUGAGUUCCUUUUGCUUUGUCUAAAUGUUCCUGUUUUUACAUGAAACAUGUUCUAAGCGUGUUGAAAGUGUGUUGUCCAAUAAGAAAGAGGAAAGAGGAUCAUGAGAAAAAAUUCCGGGCACAGUGACAUGCGUGUGUCUCCUAGGCAACCCUGUAACAGUGACAUGCGUGUGUCUCCUAGGCAACCCUGUAACAGUGACAUGCGUGUGUCUCCUAGGCGAACCUGUAACAGUGACAUGCGUGUGUCUCCUAGGCGACCCUGUAACAGUGACAUGCGUGUGUCUCCUAGGCAACCCUGUAACAGUGACAUGCGUGUGUCUCCUAGGCGAACCUGUAACAGUGACAUGCGUGUGUCUCCUAGGCGACCCUGUAACAGUGACAUGCGUGUGUCUCCUAGGCGACCCUGUAACAGUGACAUGCGUGUGUCUCCUAGGCAACCCUGUAACAGUGACAUGCGUGUGUCUCCUAGGCGAACCUGUAACAGUGACAUGCGUGUGUCUCCUAGGCGACCCUGUAACAGUGACAUGCGUGUGUCUCCUAGGCGACCCUGUAACAGUGACAUGCGUGUGUCUCCUAGGCGACCCUGUAACAGUGACAUGCGUGUGUCUCCUAGGCAACCCUGUAACAGUGACAUGCAUGUCUCCUAGGCGACCCUGUAACAGUGACAUGCGUGUGUCUCCUAGGCAACCCUGUAACAGUGACAUGCGUGUGUCUCCUAGGCAACCCUGUAACAGUGACAUGCGUGUGUCUCCUAGGCGAACCUGUAACAGUGACAUGCGUGUGUCUCCUAGGCGACCCUGUAACAGUGACAUGCGUGUCUCCUAGGCGACCCUGUAACAGUGACAUGCGUGUGUCUCCUAGGCGACCCUGUAACAGUGACAUGCGUGUGUCUCCUAGGCGACCCUGUAACAGUGACAUGCGUGUGUCUCCUAGGCAACCCUGUAACAGUGACAUGCAUGUCUCCUAGGCAACCCUGUAACAGUGACAUGCGUGUGUCUCCUAGGCGACCCUGUAACAGUGACAUGCGUGUAUCUCCUAGGCGACCCUGUAACAGUGACAUCCAUGUCUCCUAGGCGACCCUGUAACAGUGACAUGCAUGUCUCCUAGGCGACCCUGUAACAGUGACAUCCAUGUCUCCUAGGCGACCCUGUAACAGUGACAUCCAUGUCUCCUAGGCGACCCUGUAACAGUGACAUGCAUGUCUCCUAGGCGACCCUGUAACAGUGACAUGCAUGUCUCCUAGGCGACCCUGUAACAGUGACAUGCAUGUCUCCUAGGCGACUACAGCAGCCGUGUGCAACAGCUUUCCAUCUUGUUGGUUUUCUAAACCCAGUUUUUUUAGAUGAGCGUUGAGGUGUGCAGGAGUCUCUGUCCCGCUGAUGUUCUGGAAUUCUCUAAUAAAACAAGUCCUGUCAAUUUUCCUCAAAA